AUGGCGGGCCCUGAAACGUGCCGGAUUUGCCUUUCGCAUUCGGAUGAUGAUGAGAGUCUGUUCUACCCCUGCCGCUGCACGGCACCAGUGCAUCGACGAUGUUUGGAUUCCUGGAGAAUAUCUGGAAUGAAUCCUGCCAACUUAACACGCUGCGAAGUUUGCCAAUAUCACUAUCGUAUAGGUCAAGGUGUUGGCGCGUGCACAGUUCACUUGGUCUUCUACUGCGUGUCAUUCGUGUUCUACAUCGUUCUUUUCUUCGGUUUGGCUCUCCUCUUUGGUCACGUCAUUCGGGUCACAGGGAUCUUUGAUGUCGUGCACUGGGGAAGGCUUACCUUCAUCAAGCCGGAGACCAUGAGGGGCUUCUUCUUCGCAGGUAUAUGCUUCAAUUUCUUUCUGAUUGGUGUCGUGACCACCAUCUAUUUAUUCUUCUUGUUCAUCACGGGACGCUUGCGACAACGCAUGGACCGUGCCCGCAGAAUGACUGGAACACCCUGGGUGACCGGGGCACGCCAGAAUCGCCGCAAGGGAGACUGCUGCACGGAUUGUUGUCAUGGCUGCAAGUGCCACCAAUGUGACCUGCAAGACGCUUGCUUUUGGUUCUGCGUCUUCGGUGACCGAAGCAUCUGCUGCCCCUGCGAGGCCUGCUGCGGUCUUUGUGAUGAAGGCUGUUCCCGCUGUUGCGAAUGCAACUGUGGGGGUGGAGGAGGAAUCGAUUGUAAGGGCUGCGACUGCGGGAACUGCAAUUGUGAUGGCUGCUGCAGUUGUGAGUGUGGUGGCUGUGGUGGUGACAAUCCAUUUGCUGUCGUCCUGCUGGGUCUCAUGGUCUUUCUGGCGGUAUGCUUGAUUGUCCUGGGAAUGUUGGUUCUCUUUUGGCUGGUUCUGGUCAAUGUGAUGUACGGCAUUUUUCUCCACCAGCUCUUUGUGAAAGACCAGAUCGCCCGUAAGUGGCCCGUCCAAGCUUAUGACCCCGCACUGGAUCCUCGGAAGACGUCACCGGAUGUGGAGAACCCUGUGCCUGCAGUGCCUGCAGCGCCUGCAGCGCCUGUGGCGCCCGCGCAGGAGGUGAUGGCGGAGUCAAACAACAACACAUUGCCGGGACAAAUUGAAGGCACAAAGUGA